AAUUUAAUUUAUUGUUUUGUUGUUGUGGGUGGGGGAGAAUAUGGGGAAGAGAGGUUUUGGUAGGCGAUAUUGGUGACAUUUUUUAUUAGGGCAUUUUUGGUUGAUUAAAGAUUUUUUGUUAAAAAAAGUGUGAUAAAAGGUGUAUUAUUGUAGAUUGAAACCAUGGGAGGUUUGAAUUGAAACAUCUUGAACAAAGAGAAAAAAAAAAGGAUCAAUAGACAGAUAGAAUAUCUAUAUAUAUAUAUAUAUAUAUAUAGACAAAGGGAGAGGGAGAGAGAGAGAGAGAGCUAUGGCAUUAUUUACGUAUCGUCCCAAAAUGGGGAUAGGUAGAGAUCUCCCAGAAGCUGAACUUGAAGAAUUCAAUUCUAUCACGCAUGACAAGGUCAUGAGCAUCACAGACAUUAAAAAGCUACUACGUUUGGAGCAGUACAUGAGGGAAGAGGAAUUCACUCAAAUUUCAGAAUUAGCAAAAAGAAGAAUAAUUGAACUUGGAGGCCAAGAAUUGUUUCCAGAUGAAAUUCAAUCACAGGUUGGUGACUGUGCUGAAUCUGACAAGUUCCUAAAAAAUUUAGAUGGCUGGCAGGAAAAUAUGAAAAUUGAUGACAAUAUUCUUCUUGGGAUUCAUUCAUCUCUACAUGAAUGCAAAGAUGUUUGCAGAAAUGAGAAUUCUAGUACGUGUAUUAGAGGUUUGUCUCAGAAAAUUAAUAAAAGACCAUUGGUAGUUAAUAACUCAAUUAAAGAAGAUGUUAUUGAAGCCCAAGUUUGUAAGAAAAGAGAUAUUCGUAGUGGACGCAACUAUUAUGAAGGGUGGGAUAAAUAUGCUUCAAAUGCUAUGAAGGAAAUAGAACUCGAGGAAAACACUGUUCACCAAGAAAAAGGAGGGAAAGAAAACAAAAUUGAUGGAAACGAUAGAAAGAAAGAAAGAAAAAAACCAAGUUUACAAGAAAGGUUAUUAAGUAUUGGCAAAUCCAAGUCAAUGGUAGAAAGAAAAUGGUUUGCUGAAAGAGAACGUGAAAAGGGAAAUGAUCUUUUCAAGGCCAAAGAAUACAGUGCAAGCAUUGAUGCCUACAGUAUGGCAAUUGAACUAUACCCAAAUUCAGCUUUAGCACAUGGAAAUCGUGCUGCAACCAACAUCAAAUUGAAAAGGUGGGAAGAUGCAAUAAAAGAUUGUGAUACAGCUAUAAAUAUUGAUGGAAAUUACAUGAAAGGGUACAUGCGGCGAGGUUUAGCAAAUUUGGAAAUGGAUAAUGCUGAAGAAUCUGUGAGGGACCUACAGAAAGCUUUGGAAAUGGAUCCCAACAAUCAUGAAAUUCAAACAUUAAUACAACGUGCUAAAAAUUUAUUAAAAAAGGUUGAAGAAAAAAGAGAAAAGGAAAUUGAAGCUGAAAGACAAAAGAGAAAUGAAUUAGACUCUCUCAAAGAGAAAGAAGAAAUGGCCUCAUUUGAAAGAGUUUCUACUUCUUGUCCAUCAUCAAACAAUCGAAUUCAAAUGAUAAUUGAAGAAGUUGAUGAAGUAGAAAUUGAUAAAAAUCUUAUAAUGGACAACAAUCUUCAAUCUUCAAAAAGCAAUGCCAUACAUCAAAACAAACAAGAAACAUUUGAAGCUGAUGAAACAAACACUAGCAAUGAAGAGAAAGAUAAAGUUGGAAUAAAUAACAAUAAUAACUCGUGCUUGAUAGAAAGUGAAACCAACCAUGAGGUUUGUGAUCUUGUUAAUAAGAGCAAUAUUGAAAGUAAUAUCAAUGUUUGUAAGAUUAUGUAUGAAGUCACAUCAAACUAUAGUGAAGAAAAUGAACAACAAGAAAGAAACUUAAGUUGGCCAAAUAAAUAUCACAAGUACAAUGCUCAAUUAAAAAAUUUGCAAUCUUUGAAAAAUGAUCCAAUAUCCACAUCAAUAGAUAAUGAAAAUGCAAGCAACAUUGAAAUUCAAAACUUUGCUCCAAAAAAGAUAGAAAACCAAGUAGAUUCAUUGGUUAAACUUCAAGUGGAAGAUAUAGAUAAAACUUCCAACAAUGAACCAAAGAGAAGCUUGGAUAUAAGUAAUGUUGAAGUACCAUUAAAAACAAUUGAAGUGAUUGAAACCCAACAAUCCAAUGUUAGUGACCAAAUUGGUAUUGAAAGCAAAAGACAUGAAUCAAUGCUAAAUGCAACAAGCAAUUUUAAUUCAAAUGCAUUGGCUAAAGAAUGGAGACUAAGUGGCAAUGAACUAUUUUUGGAAAAGAAAUAUAAUGAAGCUAUAGAGAGCUACACAAAUAGUUUGACUUACCAAAAAAGUGCAGCUACGUAUUCUAAUAGAUCAAUGGCCCAAAUCAAGUUAAAACAAUUCAAGAAAGCAGAAGAAGAUGCUUCUCAUGCUAUUUCUUUAGAUUGCAAAUUUUAUAAAGCUUUUUAUCGGCGAGGAAUGGCUCGCCAUGCACUUUGCAACACACAAGGUGCAAAAAUGGAUUUUGAGGAAGUGUUGAAAUUCACUCCAAAUGACAAAGAAAUAAUCAAUUUACUCACAUCCAUGGAAGUUGAGUACAUUCCAAAGCGGCAAGGUCCCAUGGUUAUUGAAGAAAUUGAAGAUGAAGUAUUUUUAGAAACUAGAGUGAACAUGUCAUCUCAAGUUUGCAAUAACAAAAAAUCUUGUGCAAAUGUUCAAGAAAAAAAUGAAGAGGAUGAUUGUUUGAAUAGCUUUGAGGAUGAUAACAAUAAUCAUAUAUCAAAUUUAUCUUCAAACCAAUUAAAUAUAAAAGAGUGUAAUAUGAUGAAGACAAAGGAAAUCAAUCCAAACCAUGAUGUUGAGAAAUUUUCAAUUGAUUCAAUAUCAAGACAAGAAACAAAAUCUAAAGGUACCAAUGAUUCAAAUGUUUUGAAACCUCAAAUUGAAAUUGAGCUUGAGAAGAGAGCACAAAUUGAAAAAGAUAAAGGAAAUGUAUGUUUUUCAAAAGGCCAAUAUACUUUGGCAAUUGAGUGCUAUACUCAAAGUCUUGAAUAUGUUCCACCAAGUGCAAUAGUUCUUGCCAAUCGAGCUCUUUGCUACAUAAAUUUGCAUGAGUAUAGAAAAGCUUUGGCGGAUAGUACACUUGCCAUCCAACAUGCUCCGGGAUACAUGAAAGCUUUUCAUCGGCGAGCUGUAGCUUCACACAAGCUUGGUGAUCUUGAAAACGCAUUAAGAGAUUAUGAAAUUGUGGCAACCUUUUCUCAAGAUGAUAAGAAACUCAACAAAGAUGUUGAAUUGAUAAAGAAAGAAAUAGAGCUAAAAGCUUCCAUGAAUGCAAAAGUUCCAAUUUUGAUAAAACAACCCUUGAUUCCAACAUCUGAUUCUUGUGAAGAUGAUGGCUUUUUUAUGAAACCUGUUAGAACAACUGUAUAUAAAAAUGAGAACAAAACUUCUAGUUCACAAGAAGAAAAUAUCAAUCCAAAUAUUGGUCAGAAUCCAACCAAUGCUUCAUACAAGAAGAGUGGAGAAUUUAACAAAAGCAACAAAAUUGAAAAAAAAGAUGAUGGCCACAACAAUGGCUUUCCAAAUUCAAAUGGGUACAAAAAAAUGAAGUUUGCAAAGAUUAGGGCACUUCAAAAACCAUUCACUGCUUUGGAAUUUGAAAGAACGUGCAAUUCUUUAAAAGAGAAACAUUCUCUAGCACGAGAAUACAUAAAUUCAAUUGGCAUUCAAACAUAUCCAAAACUCUUCAAAGAAUCAUUUAGUGGAAGUAUUUUACAAUGUUUCAUUCAUAUACUUCAAAAAGGAUUUAUGCCCAAUGAUCCAUUGGGUGCUAUAGUGGUGCUUCGUGGUUUAACAAAAGUUAAGCGAUUUUUGCUUGCAUUGAUGGUUCUCCAAUCAAAAGAUAAACAAGGCAUUGACACACUAUUUUAUUGGUUGGAAUUUUCUAAUGAAGUUGAUAUGGGAGAAGUUCAACAACUUCGUGAAGCGUAUCAUGCCUCUUGAAAUGAUUAAAAAAAAAAAAAAAAAAAAGGAAGAAGAAAAAAACAAAACAAUGAAAAAUGACAAUGUCCACACAUGUUGAUGUUUCUGUUCUCUGAAUGAAAAAUAGACAUGUGAUUUUUUUGGGAAAUAAAAAAAAAUAAAAUUUAAUAAUU